GCACAACCAGCACAACCAAAGGUGGUACCUCUCGGGAUCCGAUUUCUGCGCUCUAGGAUUGAAUAGUGACUUUGGUUUUCACAGCCUUCGUAGUGGAUUUCCCAAAGCCAUGGCCAAUUACGAACGCGCUACAUUUUGCAGUACCCCGAUACGACUCGAAAGUAAAAACAAAUCAAAAUGCUCCGCCCAUUACUACGUUUCUCUUCCGCUUCGGAGCGCGAUCCCGAUUUUUAUUCGAGUUCCGACUUCCAAGGUUGUUAACGGGACCCAUAAUGCUUUCUAGGAUACCUCCUGAUUUACCGUAGGUACCCCCGACUCGGGAAUCUUGUUAACCCGAGAGUCACGACACCCUGGUCCACGGAACACUCGUAAUCCCCGUUAGGUGGUCGGGUUAUAUAUAGCUUCCGGUGAUGGCCGGUUUGUAAACUCUGACCGGCACAAUCUAAUACUCGAUACUCUCUAAACGUUAGAUAUGACCAUGAAGGCCGACGGAGAGUUCAAAAUUAUAAUCGCCGGCGGCGGCAUUGCCGGCCUCACUCUUGCUAAUAUGUUGGAGAGACUUGGCUUAAACUAUACCCUCUUGGAAUCUCACUCGGAUAUCGCACCCCAGGUGGGUGCCAGUAUCGGUCUAUUUCCCAAUGGCCUACGAAUCAUAGACCAGAUAGGAUGCUAUGAGCAGAUCCUCGAGGUGUUCAAAGGUGAGGAUCUCUACGGAAGGACGUGCCUACGAGAGAGGAACGGCAGGGUCCUCUCCAUUCUCCAUAAUCUGAGGGGCCAUUUGGAACGGCGACACAGUUAUGGACUGCUCUUCUUCGAUAGACAGAGGCUCUUGCAAAUUUUAUAUGAUCAUCUCGACCAUAAGGACCGAGUGCUGCUGAAUAAGAAAUUCGCUACGGCUAGCCUGACGGAUGGGGGCGUUAGAGUUACAUGCGCGGACGGCUCGGUAUACGACGGCACUCUUCUCGUCGGUGCGGAUGGUGUCCACAGCGCUGUCCGAUCUACUAUGAUUGCCCUUGGCGAUAAGAUACGGCCGGGCUCGUUCGAUCUAAAAGAGCAGGAUGAAAUUCCUUGCUAUUACAGGUGUAGCUUUGGUAUCGCUCAGCACGUACCGGGCUGGAUCAAAGGCGAACAGCAUAUCGUGGUGGGCCGACGACAGUCUCAGCUCGUUGUUUCAGGACCCGAAGACCGUGUGUACUGGUUCCUGUUUGACAAGCUGCCAGAGACGAAGUACGGCAAGGAUAUACCCAAUUUUACGAAGGAAGACGAGGCAGACUUUAUCAAACACAAUUUCAACCUGCCCAUUACCGAGAAAGUUACGCUUGGUCAAGUUUAUAGCAAGCGUCUCUCGUCAACUCUGACACCGCUGCACGAAUACGUUUGCAAGAAGUGGUUCUUCGAUAGAAUCGUAACGCUGGGGGACUCUGUUCACAAGCCUAAUCCUAUCGGAGGUCAGGGCGCAAACAGUGCUAUCGAGUCCUGUGCGGAAUUCGUCAACGCGUUGUUGCGUAAGAGAGACGAUCGAGGCGGAACUUUAAACGGUCUCUGGAGUCAGGAAGCUGAAGAUAUCUUCCGGGAGACGCAAGACGCCAGACAGAAGAGGGCACAGACGGUUGUCGAUCUAGCUCACCGGAACCAGGCCCUAAACGCUCACGAGAAUGCCCUCUUAUCUUCGCUGCUCUUCAACUACCUAGUGCCUUUAUCUGGUAGGGAAGGCCAGCUAGGUCGAAAUGUUCACGUCUUUACUGAUGCUACGACGGUGAAGGCGCUCCCCGUCCCCAAGCGAAUCCGAGCGAUUCCUUACCGCGAUGAGCUGCCGGCGGUUCCUUUAAGCAAGGGUUUAUUUUUCGUUCGAGGCGCCUUAGUUGGCGCUAUGAGUCUUGCCUUACUCGUCACCACUAAGGCUUGGCGACUUCCGUUUACUGCGAUCGAAGACUGGGUAGAUAAGGCUCCUGUCGUCAUACGAUGGUUUGGCGAGAAUAACAUGUCAAAAGCGCUGAACAUGUACGUGUCGGUCCUAGCGAUACCGAUGCUAGACAGAGACUAUUCCACCAGGUUACAUCUGGUAAACUUUCUUUCCCAACUCAUAUCUCCGCUUCUCAUCUAUUGCAUAGAAGGGUACCGCGCGGGGAAUCAAGUAACUCCUCUCGCUCUGCCAUCCGCGUAUUCGGUUGGCAUGCAACUUCUAGGCAUCGGUCGUAUUGGCCCGGCGCACACCAUUCUGAGCAGCUUUUUCACACACGAGCUGCCAACCGGUCGCCCUAUACCCGUAAGCGUAGCCAACUCUUUGGUUCCUGCUAUCACGCUCGGCUUUGUAAUUCCGACUAUCUUCGUCUUCGUACCCGUUCCUAGCAUUAGAAGUUGGCAGAACUUACUAGCAUUAUGGCAGUUUGGGCCGCCCCUAUUCAACAUAUUAACCAACGUCUUCUCCGCAGGCCUCGAAAGAUGGCAACGCGGCAACAAGUCUGUAGCUGAAUACAAAGGAGAGCAUCAGUUUGACUGCUACGAGAAAAAGGACGUACCUAUCCUCAAGUCGGUCUAUACGUACGCUUUUGCCGUGCAAGCUACAGCCCACAUCGCCACCCUCUCGUACGCCUGGAUGCAUCCGGGUAUCUCAAUCGCCAAGACCUUCUUUGGUCUGCCAAACCCCUUUGCUCCGUCGUGGAACUUACCAGACCUCUUUGCAGAGGUAGCCACGUUUUUCAGGUACGAUAUGGCAAUCGCGGUUACGUCCUUCUUAAGCGGCAACCUGUACUCGAUCUGGGAUCUACGCCGACUCGGGUAUAUCAAGACUACGGAUGCAAUCAAAGCUGGCCUGGCUGUGGUAGCUGGACAAUUUCUCGUCGGUCCAGGUGCUACCUGGGCAGGUUUAUGGUAUUGGCGAGAGGAAAAGCUAGCGAGCUUAGAUAGAAAUAGAAUGACUUAAUCGACGAAUUCUCCUACA